CUGCGCGCUGGCUGGCUCCGAGGCGCUUUGGGGCGCUGGAUGCGUUAGGAAGGGCCAUCCGGGGCAGGUGCCGCUCACCUGGGCCGAGCAGGGAAGCCCCCUUUCGGGCGUCCGUCGCUCCAGCCCGGCCCUGAUGGCGCGCCGGCUGCCGCUUCAGCCCAGCUCCGGUCCUGCGCUCGCCACCCUCCAGUCCUGGCGGCUGUGAGACCAGCCCCGGCUGCUUUCUUGGCUCGAAUGAGCCGCCCGCAUCCCGACGCCGCACUGCGAUGCUGUUUUCCUGGCGCAGCCCUCAACCUUGAGCUCGGGAGCCACGAUGCCAGAGACUGGGGCGGCAGGACCGGCGGCGAGCGGCCAGGAGAACAAGCGAGGCGGAAGCGCGAUGGAUGGGGAGGCGGCCGCGCCACCUGCCACCGGGGUCCUGGACAAGCUGUUUGGGAAACGUCUGCUGCAGGCUGGGCGUUACAUCAUGUCCAAUAAAUCGUGGAUGAAAACGGUCCCCACAGAAAACUGCGAUGUGCUGAUGACUCUGGCAGAUACAACUGAUGACCACACAUUACUAUGGUUGUUGAACCACAUCCGUUUGGGAAUCCCAGAGCUCAUCAUCCAGAUUCGGCAUCACAAGCACACCCGGGUCUAUGCAUUCUUUGUCACAGCAACUUAUGAAAGUUUGCUCCGGGGGGCAGACGAGAUUGGCUUGCGGAAGCCUGUGAAGGCUGAAUUUGGGGGUGGCAUGCACAGUUUCUCCUGCGAGGAAGAUUACAUCUACGAGAACAUAGAAAAUGAACUCUAUUUUUUCACUUCUCAGGAACGCCAAAACAUCAUCAGGUAUUGGCUGGAGAACCUACGGGCCAAGCAGGGUGAAGUGCUACAUAACAUCCACUUCCUGGAAGGGCAGCCAAUCAUCCCUGAGCUGGCUGCUCGUGGUAUCCUCCAGCAAGUCUUCCCCAUCCACGAGCAACGGAUUCUGAACCGGCUGAUGAAAUCGUGGGUACAAGCCAUUUGUGAAGCCCAGCCUUUGGAUGAAAUAUGUGACUAUUUUGGGGUGAAGAUUGCCAUGUACUUCGCAUGGUUGGGCUUCUACACAUCAGCCAUGGUAUACCCUGCUGUCCUUGGCUCCCUCCUCUACACCUUCACAGAGAAUGAUCAGACCAGCCGGGACAUUUGCUCUGUUAUAUUUGCCAUCUUCAAUGUUAUCUGGUCCACGCUGUUCCUGGAGGAGUGGAAACGCCGAGGAGCCGAAUUUGCAUACAAAUGGGGAACUUUGGACACACCAGCAGAAUCCAUCGAAGAGCCUCGGCCGCAGUUCCGGGGUGUGAAGCGCAUCAGCCCAGUGACUAACACGGAAGAGUUCUACUACCCGCCUUGGAAGCGGUUGCUCUUCCAGUGUUUAGUGAGCUUGCCCAUUUGUAUCUUCUGCCUCUCCUUUGUCUUCCUUACCAUGCUGGGCUGCUUCGAAUUGCAGGAAUUUGUGCUGAGCAUCAAGGAGCUGCCACGCCUUGUUCGCUUCUUGCCCAAAAUCAUGCUGGCCGUCAUCGUCACAGUCUGUGAUGAAAUCUACAGAAAAAUUGCCUACUGGCUAAAUGAUAUGGAAAACUAUCGCUUGCAGAGUGCCUACGAAAAACACCUCAUCAUCAAAAUGGUCUUGUUUCAAUUUGUAAAUUCAUACCUAAGUCUUUUCUACAUUGGAUUCUACCUCAAAGACAUGGACCGCCUCAAGGAGAUGCUGGCUACACUCCUCAUUACCCGCCAGUUCUUGCAGAAUAUUAAGGAAGUCUCUCAGCCACACUUAUACAGCAAGUUCAAGCGUGGUGACUUCAGUAUGCAAAACAUUCGGGAGGUGACCCACACCUUCUUCCGCCUGCUUACCCAGAAGUACACAUUCACCCCUUCGUGUGGCACCAACCCUCGGCAUCCCAGGCAUGAUGACUCGCCAGAAAUCCACGAGGCCCCAGAGGGGGCCGUCAAGGGGGAGAAGAAAUGCCUCAAUGGAGGCUGUGGUGUGCCUGAAGAAGAGGACGAGGAGAAGAAGGAAUCGGACUCAGAAGAUGAGAGUAUCAUGGAUUGUGGGCUGAAGCUGAAAAAAGUGAGCUUCAUUGAAAAAGCUGACCGCAAGACGGGCGAACCCAGUUUAGAGGAUAUGAGUUUCUUGGAAGAAGGUAGUCCCACCAUGGUGGAGAAAGGGAUGGACCCCUCCUCUGUCUUUGAGCUAUGCGAUGAUGAUGAUGAGAGCGAUGAAGCCUCAGAGAGUCCGUUUAAGGCCCUACCAGAAGUUAAGGAGCCAGCUGUUACCAUGCGGACUCGGAGGCCACGGGUAGGCAAGAACCUCACAGAAGGCGAGGAAGAAGAAGAGGAGGAGGGGUAUGAGAAUCGAAGACAUGCCAGAUCCUCAUGGAUCGAUCCCCCAGAGGAAAACUACAUCACGCAGCUUGCCCAAGCCGAAGUGGAGAGCUGCAUGAAAAAAUAUGAGGACACUUUUCAAGAUUACCAGGAGAUGUUCAUCCAAUUUGGCUACGUGGUCCUUUUCUCGUCGGCUUUUCCCUUGGCUGCCAUGUGUGCCCUCAUCAACAAUAUCAUUGAAAUCCGGAGCGAUGCCUUCAAGUUGUGUACGGGGCUCCAACGGCCCUUCGGGCAGCGGGUGGAAAGCAUUGGAGAGUGGCAGAAAGUGAUGGAGGCCAUGGGGGUCCUGGCCAUUGUGGUGAACUGUUACCUGAUUGGCCAAUGUGGGCAGCUGCAACGUCUUUUUCCAUGGCUGAGUCCAGAAGGUGCUAUAAUCUCUGUGGUGGUGCUAGAGCAUUUUGCCCUUUUGCUCAAAUAUGUCAUCCAAGUUGCAAUUCCUGAUGUCCCGGCCUGGGUUGCGGAAGAGAUGGCCAAGCUUGAAUACCAGAGGCGGGAAGCCUUUAAGAAGCACGAGCGACAGGCCCAGCACCACUUCCAACAACAACAGCGUCGUAAACGGGAGGAAGAGGAGCGUCAGCGCCACGCCGAAUAUCAUGCCCGGAAAGAACGUGAGAGCAGCCGGGAGGAAGGCAAGGCUAAUGGUGGUGGGCAGGAUCGGACACGAGAAGAGUCAGCCCAAAGGAAGGGCUCAGGAGGGUCGAGCCACGGAUCCGAGAAACUCAAACGGCCCAGCUCCCUCCUGGCCACCAACAACGUCCUGAAACUCAAGCAGAUCAUCCCUCUACAGGGCAAGUUUUUAUCAGGGAGCACGGGGGCAGCUGGCACUGGGACGGCCCGUUCACCCCAGUCCCCACUAGUACUAUACAAACUACCUGGGUUCCUUAGUUUCAAGUUCCUUAAGUCCCCAGAGACAAAACGGGAAGCCAACACUGAGAAGGUGCAGUCACCCACUAAGCCUUUCAACCCCAGCAAACUAUUCAACUUCAGCAAAUCCGAAGGGGGCAAUGGGGCACCAUCCCCGCCACGGCCCGGCCCUUCGGCAGAUGCAGGCGAAAGCCUUUGGCCAGCAGAUCACAUCUCAACGGGUUGGCAGAUGAGGAAGUGUCUGAGGACCUGGAGAUCCGAACCAUGGUGGUGGAGGAGGAGGGGCCGAGCCACAAACUCUAACCAAGAUUGUUAGAGUGUUGAGAGCCGGGAAAGAGGGAGGAAGAGGAAGGCGUGGGUUGCUGGUUGGUUCCUCAAGCAGGAUUGGGGCAGCCUCUGCGUUGAGUUGGGAGUGUUCUGCUUGGUCUAUCAAUCCUUUUCCCAGCAAUUUCAGGGCAAUCCUUCCAGAGAUCUACACUGGGGAAAAGAAAGUUGAAGGUGGUUCGAGGGAGGUUUUGAUGGCUUCAACCCGGAGAUCCAGUUCUGAUAUUGGUGGUUAUUGAUCUAAGUCAGAUGUUCAACCAAGAACGCCCCAAGAAUAAGAAAAAAAGCAUUGCAAGUUAGAAGUGAAGGAUACGAAGCGGAAGGUAGAGGGGACUUCAACUAACCUUUAACAGGUUGUGUUACGUGUCUUUCCCCCUCAUUUUAUUAGAGCUUGGGCCAGGAAGCAUCCUGGCUCAAACUAAUUUUCUAAAUUUGAACCCACAUAAUUCCCAGAUGCUUCUCCCUCUUUAACAGGGAUGGACAAGACUGCAAAAAAAACAAACCUUGGUGCAAUUUCUUGUUUAAGAAGUCACAAACCUUUUGAAAACGCCAUUAAUCUUCAUCGGAGUGUUUUUACUUUCCCUCCAGUUAUGCUUCAGGUAUUAGAUAGAAUUUCAGCCAUAGCUAGUGUAGCCUUUUCCUUGGAUGUAAAUAUUUCGAAGAGAGCCACAAAUAACUAGAAUCGGAUGGGGGGGAAGCUUUGCAUUUACUUUCCCCUCCUUCCAUUUAAAUCAUAGGUGAUCCCCACACAGCCCCCAUUUCUGCUUGAAGAACAGCCUCGUGGGGCAGCAAAGCACAUGAUUUUCAGGAGGCUGGAAGGGGAGGGGGAAGGUUGGAACCAUUGUCCAUGCAUGAUUGACAUCUCUUGCACUAAAACUGAACAAAAAAAAACCCACAGUGACUUUCACGUUUCUGAGACACGAUUCAGAAGCUACAUCAGUCGAUCCAACCCCCCAAAAAAUUUUUUUG